GUCAUCCUCGAAGUCCUCCGGGUCGCUGAAGGAGGGCUCCUCUUCUUCAUACUCGGGGUCAUCCACCAUAUCCACCGUGUCUUGCAUUUAACAGCUUUGUCAGACGGGUUUCUCGUGACCGUGAAGUUAAAGUAAAGAAAAAACUAGGAGACUGACGGCCUUCAACCGGUGCGGCACCAUGUGCGGUUACGUGAAAAUGGACGACGUACUGAAAAUGUGGCACAGGAAGCGAUUCGAAAACCCGGAAGUAAGAAUGAGAUGCAACAAAGCUGUAAACCACAUGGAGGUCACCGUACACGAGAAUUAUGUUGGCUUCGUUCUUAUCCUUGUAGUUGUAAGUCAGUGAAAUAACGCCGGGUACCGCGACUCUAUCCAGCGUGACGCUGCAGGAACAAAAAGGAAGCAAUUCACCAGUAGAUAUGAAGCGAUUUCCCGCGAGAACAAUUGGAAAGGACAACUUUGUUGUCAAAGUCAGCUCAUAUAUUCCACUAUCACAUAAUUAGAUUAUUUUGUCUUUACUUUAAGCUGUUAGUAAAUGAACAGUCCACGUAUGAGCAUGGAUAGUGAGUGUAUGUUGCUGCUGCCCAGCGUGUGUGCACUACUUGCGGACUGCGACAAGCCUUUGCCCGAUGACACUAGCCUGGAGAAACUUCUGGAUCGGCUCACGGGGCUCUCCGAGAGUGGCGUGUCACUUCCGGAGAGCUGCCCGUGUCUGCUUGACUUCAUCUCCACUGUGACCAACAACACCACUUGUGACCCCAGCAUCCUCUCCUUCGCUCUCAAGCUCAGCGGCCUGAUGGCAGCCACAGACGAUGGCUUCAGGGCCUUGCAGCAGGAACGCUUGAUGCUGGAUGUCUCUUUUAACAUUCAACACUGGCAGGAUGCUGGACUCUGGGGCGAUCCCUGUAUUCGCAUUGGCUGGAUUCAAGGUUUAAGGAGGAUGCUACUACACCCAAAGGCACUUUGUUUCUUUGUGCUGUCAGGUUCCAUCACGUCCCUCCUCCAACUCCAGACAGAUGCAAGUCUAUUUGUUGCUUCAGCAGCCAGCCAAUUGCUGGCCCACAUUCUGCUCACUUUUCAGCCUGCCUCACCUUCAUCAAGUAACAUGACCGAUAAAGAAGAUACACAAUACACAGAUGUUGUCUGGCAAACCUUAGACUACAUAAAAGAGUCCCUGGUACCCAAAGACUGCACACAUGUACCCCGUACUCUGCAAGUCCUUAAGCUCCUGGCUCUGAUCCUGGACCGGGCUGUUACUCCUCUUCGGGACCAGCUGCUCAAGGCGGUUGCAGGUUCCCUGGAGGAACUGGUGGAGGUGGGCUACAGUCAACUCACGCCAGCUCUCAUGGACGUCAUUAUGGCAGUAUACAGCUCUGACAUUGAGGAAGGCGCACGUCUUCUGUCCUUCAUGUUGAAUGUCAACAAACCCGCUGACCUCGUUCACGCUGCGGCCGCGUUUCUCCAUCGAGACCACCAUGAUCCUGUCAACGCAACCCAGGCAGUGAAAAUCCUCCUGAUGCCGAUUGACAUUUGUACUAGCAACUCCCUUCUGAGCACAGUUCCUGCAGAAGACAGGCAUCGCAUAUUAAUUUCGGCUCAACUGAAGAGUAAAACCUCCUUCAUCUCCACGGUCUGUGUCUGCCUGAGAAACGCACCGCAAAUUGCGCUCAUGCCUCCAGACGUCCUCCCAUGUCCCACGACUUUAAUCGUCCUUGCUGUUGUGUCAUUGCUAAGACGAUGCAAUGGUGACAUCUCGUCCCCCGAUGGCUGUAGUGAUGAGGCUUUCAGGUGUAUCGUUGCCAGUGGAAAAGUUCAAAAAUGCGCGUUAGAGGCUCUGGCUUCCCUCAGCAGCAGCCCAGGGGCUAACAACACAAUGAAAGAGGUGUUCCAAGUUCUGAUGCUCUAUAUGAGGAACCCUGAUUCGGAUCCCACUGUUCUGCAUAAAUCCUACAAAGCCUUAAUACAAUGGAUUCAUCUUUGCACGGACCUCCCAUCAAUUUCACAGCAGCUCAGAGAAGAUGUCAUGAUGACAGUAAAGAAGCGUGUAUGUGACCCACGCUGGGAGGUAAGAGACUCAAGCGUGGAGUUUUUGGCGCAGCUUGCCAGUGUCCUCUCCCUGAAAUCAGCCGACAAGCUGUCUGAAGACCUGCUGAGUGCAUGCAGUACAACUCCGCUUCUCAAGGCGGCACUGCAGGAUCCUGAGAGCUACGUGAGAGCCAGCGCCAUUUCUGCAUUGGCAGGGACUCUUGCACCCAGCUUUCAGCAGGGGGCACCGCUGCAGCAGGACCAGGUCGACACCAUGAGCCAGCUGCUAAACAUUCUCAGAGAAGACACCGAAGGCUUUGCCAGGCGUGCUGUAGUUCAGUGCUUCAUUUCUUGGUUCUCCUCAUGCUCCUCACCAUCUUUGUCACCAUCCCGUCUUCUAUUGGACUCUGUGCGCACCGUCCUAUCGCGAGGCAGCAUGGAUCUGGACUGGGAGGUCAAGCUCAACACUUUGGAACUGGCUGAGCUGCUGCUUGACACUACCCUUUCAGGCCACCCAGGUUACAGGAAGUGUGGCAGCGGACACCCCUACGCCGCACUUCCCGAACAAUCAUAUGCACUUCACACACGCACUAAUGGACAGGAUGCUACUUUAGACUCUGCGUUAGGUUUUUUAGUGGAUCAAGGCGUCAUCUCUGUGUUGUUAAGCGGUCUGGUUGACUGUGAUCGACCUGUUGCACUGAAGGCUAGUCGCCUCCUGAUAACCAUCAGAGACACAGUCUGCCCCCUGUUGGCGGGGACCACUGAUGAGAGGACUGCCAUGGCACUUAGCGUGUUCUGCAAGCUGCCCAAAUGUGACUGGGGGAAAGAGAUCAGACAGAUGCUCAAGAGGACGUCUAGUGAGGAAGAUGAGGGCCAGCGUGUUAGUGUGUGCAAGGUGUUGAUGUCUCUGGGCUUAGAUGAUUGUUUGGUUCUUCUGAGCCAAAGCAGUGACCACGUUCACAACUCCUUCCUGUCUCUGCUGCAGGACAUCCUGAGCACCCGUGCAGCUCACAGAGGCACGGACAUAGACGGAGGUCAAGAGGUUAUAGUGGACUGCUAUUGACUCAAACAUGAAAUGCAGUCUGACUAUGAAGGACAUUUGUGUGUCCAAAUUGUCCAUAGGUAUGAAUGUGAGUGUGAAUGGUUGUUUGUCUAUAUGUGCCCUGUGAUUGGCUAGCAAUCAGUCCAGGGUGUACCCGGCCUCUCACCCAAAGUCAGCUGGAAUAGGCUCCAGCAUAGUCCAGCGACCCUAAUGAGGAUAAGCGGCAUAGAAAUUGAUGUAUUUUUAAUGACCCAGAUUACGUCACAGGAAACAAUGCCAUUUAAUAAUUUGGUGUUUGAAUCAAAUAUAUGACCGAUGUCACAUAUUUUGUUGUCUUUUGUAACAUUGAAAUGCUAGGAAUUCACAUUAUAAUCACCCUUUUCAUGUCUAAAUAAAUUAACCUCAGUGUUACAUAAUGAUAAAUAAUGAAAUGCGAAGCAGGGCGCUUGUGUCCUCUGUUGGAUAGUAGUGGGAGGCGGAUUUACAUGUGGCUCUCUAUUUAUAGACAUGCCUUUACAAAGAUAAUAAUACUCAGUUUUGAUUAUGUCAGAGAGGUAUUGUUGUUGUAUAGUUGAAGUGGUGUGGACCUGUGGGGCUUCAUACUCA